GGGGUCGUGAGGGGCUUUGAGGGGUCGUAAGGGGCUUUGAGGAAUCGUGAGGGGCUUUGAGGGAACGUGAGGGGCUUUGAGGGGUCUUGAGGGCCCCUGAGGAGCUGCGAGGUGUCGAGAGCGGCCUGAAAGGUCCGAGAGGCUUUGAAGGGUUUUUGAGGGGCUUUGAGGGGUCGUGAGGGACCCUGAGGGGGGUCUCGGGGGCCGCCGCGAUGGUGGAGAAGGACGAGUCCGGCCCCGGCGGCAUCAGCGAGGAAGAGGCGGCUCAGUACGACCGGCAGAUCCGGCUCUGGGGGCUCGAGGCCCAAAAACGCUUGCGCGCCUCGCGGGUGCUGCUGGUGGGGCUGCGCGGGCUCGGAGCCGAGGUGGCCAAAAACCUCAUCCUGGCCGGGGUCAGGGGUCUCACCCUGCUGGACCACCAACAGGUGUCUCCCGAGGACAGCCGGGCCCAGUUCCUGAUCCCGGUGGGAUCCCAGGGUCGGAACCGCGCCGAGGCCUCGCUGGAGCGGGCGCAGAGCCUCAACCCCAUGGUGGACGUCAAGGCCGACCCCGAGAGCGUGGAGAGCAAACCCCACGAGUUCUUCACCCAGUUCGACGCGGUGUGCCUCACCUGCUGCUCCCGUGAGUCCAUGGUGAGGAUCAACCAGAUCUGCCACAAGAACGGCGUCAAAUUCUUCACCGGCGACGUUUUCGGCUACCACGGCUACAUGUUCGCUGACCUGGGCAACCACGAGUUCGUGGAGGAGAAGCCCAAGGUGGCCAAAGCCAGCGCGGGGCUCGAGGAUGGACCCGAGGCCAAACGGGCGCGGCUGGAGCCGGCCGAGACCACCCUGGUGAAAAAGCGCCUGGAAUUCUGUCACCUCCGGGACGCUCUGGCCGUGGAGUGGAGAGGGGAGAAAGCGACGGCGGCGCUGAAACGAACGGCUCCCGAUUAUUUCCUGCUCCAGGUUCUGCUGCGGUUCCGAUCCGAGCUGGGCCGGGAUCCCUCCCCCCGGAGCGGUUCCGAGGACUCGGAUCGGCUCCUCCGGAUCCGCCGGGAGCUGCUGGAGGCGCUGGGGGCGGGGCCACAGCUGCUUCCAGAACAGUUCCACAGUUUCUGUUUCUCGGAGAUGGCCCCGGUGUGCGCCGUGGUCGGGGGGGUGCUGGGCCAGGAGGUGGUGAAGGCUCUGUCCCAGCGGGACCCCCCCCACAACAAUUUCUUCUUCUUCGACGGCGUCCGGGGCCAGGGGAUGGUGGAGUGCCUGGGACCCCCCCUCUGAGGGACCCCCCAAUUUGGGGAGGGGGUUUGGGGGGUCCUGGACCUCUCAGGGUGA